CAUAAAGCACCGCCCGGUGGGACGGCGCCGUGCACAGCCGGGCUGGGCGGCGGGACAGAGGGCGCACGGCGGGGCGAGCGGCUGCAGCCAUGAGGGAGAUCGUGCACAUCCAGGCUGGACAGUGCGGAAACCAGAUCGGGACCAAGUUUUGGGAAGUGAUAAGUGAUGAGCAUGGCAUUGACCCAGCCGGAGGCUAUGUCGGUGACUCAGCGCUGCAGCUGGAAAGGAUCAAUGUCUACUACAAUGAAUCAUCUUCCCACAAAUUUGUACCAAGAGCAGUCUUGCUGGACUUGGAGCCAGGAACCAUGGAUAGUGUGCGCUCUGGUCUCUUUGGUCAGCUCUUCCGGCCCGAUAAUUUCAUCUUUGGACAAACUGGUGCAGGAAACAACUGGGCCAAAGGACACUAUACAGAAGGGGCAGAGCUGGUUGACUCUGUGCUUGACGUAGUAAGAAAAGAGAGCGAACACUGCGACUGCUUGCAAGGAUUUCAGCUCACUCACUCCCUGGGAGGAGGGACAGGGUCUGGCAUGGGAACCCUGCUCAUCAGCAAGAUCCGAGAGGAGUAUCCAGACAGGAUAAUGAAUACCUUCAGUGUCAUGCCUUCUCCUAAGGUUUCUGACACAGUGGUGGAGCCCUACAACGCCACGCUUUCGGUCCACCAGCUGGUAGAAAACACGGAUGAAACCUACUGCAUCGACAAUGAAGCUCUGUAUGACAUUUGCUUCCGCACCCUGAAGCUCACCACCCCCACCUAUGGAGAUUUAAACCACUUGGUCUCUGCCACCAUGAGCGGGGUGACCACAUCCCUGCGUUUUCCGGGCCAGCUCAACGCCGACCUGCGGAAGCUGGCGGUAAACAUGGUCCCCUUCCCGCGCCUUCACUUUUUCAUGCCGGGCUUUGCUCCUUUGACGGCGCGGGGCAGCCAGCAAUACCGGGCGCUCACGGUGCCAGAGCUGACCCAGCAGAUGUUCGACGCCAAAAACAUGAUGGCAGCCUGUGACCCGAGGCACGGCCGGUACUUGACGGUGGCCACCGUCUUCCGUGGCCCCAUGUCCAUGAAGGAGGUUGACGAGCAGAUGUUGGCCAUCCAGAACAAGAACAGCAGCUACUUCGUGGAGUGGAUCCCCAACAACGUCAAGGUGGCGGUGUGUGACAUACCUCCCCGUGGCCUCAAGAUGGCCUCCACCUUCAUUGGCAACAGCACUGCUAUCCAGGAGCUCUUCAAAAGGAUCUCGGAGCAGUUUUCUGCCAUGUUCAGGAGAAAGGCCUUCCUCCACUGGUUCACGGGAGAGGGGAUGGAUGAAAUGGAAUUUACGGAAGCAGAAAGCAACAUGAAUGACCUGGUUUCAGAGUAUCAGCAAUACCAAGAAGCAACAGCAAAUGAUGGAGAGGAAGCGUUUGAAGAUGAUGAAGAAGAGAUCAAUGAAUAAAAAAUAUUAGGUGGAAGAUUUUGUAAAUCCAUACUUACGUUUAAAAAGUAAUAAAAAAGGGAGCAUGAAUUUCAGGUGUUAGAAGGGCUCUCCAGAGUCCAUUUGGAUCGCUGAGGACACUCAGCAUUGCUGGAAAUUGGGCCAUUUCGAUUUAUGAGACAAAUGUAAGGCAUUCAGUUAAGACUUUGGCCUAAGAGUCUGAAUGUGGAGAUUGCUGGUUUGGGAUCUUUUUUCUUUAGGGUUGUCAUCCCUAAAGCUGCAGAAGAGAAGAUGUAAAAUAGGCAUGAAAAUCUACAAAUUAGAGCUUCACUAUUUUCAUCCAAUUAUGAGUAAGAAAAUCUUGUGAGCUUGAAGUAUUCUGUACCAAAUGUACAAAACUAAACUGCCAGAAACAAAAUUUAUUCAUAAUAAAAGAAAAUUUUUUUAGAUAUUCUGCACAGUAACUGUUAACAGUGAUAUUUGAUUCCAGUCCUCUAAAAAUAAAAUAAAUAGUACCGUCUCAA